AGUGUAGUGCGUUGUAGUUUUGAUACGAAUUUAGCUAGCUAUUAAUCCCAUUUUUCCAGGGCAUUAAGUGCGAAAUCUCGAGAAUAUCUCGAGAAAAUGGUUAGGCACAAUAACCAGCUGCCGGACAACCUUCCGCAGCUGCAAAACCUAAUCAAACGAGAUGCCGAAUCGUACCGAGAAGAAUUUCUUCAACAGUACCAGCAUUUCCUGAGUGUGCUGGAGAUCUUCAGGUUAGAACCGGAUAAGGAAAACAAGAGAUUAUGUGAAUCGAUUAUGUUUCUGGCCCAGGUGGCCCAAUGUUACGUAGAGGAGCUAAAGACGUUUCCCCAAACCAUAGUGGAUCUGUUGAAAACGCAUUCGACAACUUUGGAUCCGGAAAUGAGGAACACCUUCUGUCGCGCUUUGAUUUUGCUUCGAAACAAAAAUCUGAUUUCUCCAUUGGACUUGUUGGAGCUGUUCUUCCAGUUGUUACGUUGUCCCGACAAGGCACUCAGAAAGUUCCUGGAGAACCAUAUUAUAACGGACAUUAAAAAUAUGAACGCUAAGCAGAAGGAUAUGAAGCUGAAUUCCACCUUGCAAAAUUUCAUGUACACCAUGUUGAAAGACGCUAAUCCAAAGGCGGCCAAAAUGUCGAUCGACAUCAUGAUCGAAUUGUACAAAAAACGGAUUUGGAAUGAUGCUAAGACCGUGAAUGUUAUCGCGACGGUGGGCUGCUUUUCGAAGGUUACUAAAGUGAUGGUGGCAUCACUAAAAUUCUUCCUCGGUACCGACGACCAGGAUGAAAAAUCCGAUGAAGACAGUGACAAGGAAGCGGAUCUUAAGGGUGUCAUGAUGGCAAAUCGUGUCAAUAAGAAAACGAAAAAACGCAAGAAGCAAUUGGAAACCGCCAAGAAGCUCUACAAUCAAGCACAGAAGAAGAAAACCAAAGCGGUUUCGUUCAAUUUUUCUGCCGUGCAUUUGAUUCACAACCCACAAGGUAUGGCAGAAAACCUGUUCAAGCAGCUGCAGAAUGGUAACGAGCGGUUUGAAGUUAAGCUGAUGAACUUGGAUGUGAUAUCCCGAUUGAUAGGGAUUCACGAACUGUUUCUGUUCAGUUUCUAUCCUUACAUUACACGGUUCAUACAGCCUCAUCAGCGUCAGGUCACAAGAAUUCUUCAGUUCGCGGCACAAGCUUCCCACGAGUUGGUACCACCGGAGCUGAUCGAGCCAGUUAUUAAAACCCUGGUAAACAACUUUGUGAGCGAACGAAACUCCAGCGAUGUGAUGGCCAUCGGGUUAAACGCCUGUCGAGAGAUUUGUGUUCGAUGUCCGUUAGCAAUGAACGAAGACUUGCUGCGUGAUUUGACAAUGUAUAAAAAUUACAAGGAAAAAUCGGUUAUGAUGGCAGCCAAAUCGUUAAUCCUGCUAUUCCGUGAGCAGAUGCCGACUUUACUGGCCAAGAAGGAUCGCGGUCGCCCAACGGAGGCAAGCGUGGAAAUAAAGCCUAAGAAAUACGGUGAAGUGCAGGCAUUGGACCACAUCCCGGGAACCGAAGCGUUGCUGAAUGCUGCUCCUGAUCUUGAGGUGAACUCAGAAGACGAUGAUAACGAUGAAUCUGAUUCGGAUGAUAAUUGGGUGGACGUCGACAGCGACGAUGAAGUCGUAGAAGAGAAAAAGAAAGGAAUAACGAUGAUCAAACAAUCCAAAUCAGAGGAAGCAGCAUCGGACGAUGAAGAUGAUGAUGAUGAUGAUGGUGAAUGGGAAACUGACUCCGAGGGAUGCAGCGAGGAUAUUGAAGAAGAAGAAGAUCAGAAUGAAAAGGUAAAACCUUCACCUAAAAGUGCUAACAAGAAGAAGAAUAAGUCCAAGAAACAAGAUGGCAGCUCUGCUUCAAACCAAACAGAGCAAGAUGAUCCGAACGCAACAACGCUAACAUCUAAAGAAGCUGUGCAGGAAUUAGCUCUGACCAAAAUAUUCACCGAUGCCGACUUCGAGCGAAUUGAAGAGGAACAAAUAAAAAAGAAAAUGACCCACAACACCCGAAAACGUCAGCUGGAGAAGGAGAAAAGCGAAUUCGUCAAACUGGACGAUAUCGAGAUGAUCUACAAAAAGCGCAAAACAGAUAAAGAUACACGUAUCGAGAGCAUGAAGAAGGGUCGCGAAGGAAGGGAAAAAUACGGUUUCAAAGACAACCGUCAUGAUCCGUUCUGUUCGAAAACGAAUCGCGAAAAGCUGAAGAAUAAGAACUACAACAUGAUUCGCCACAAGGCGCGCGGCAAGGUAAAGAAAUCGUUCCGCGAGAAGCAGCUUGCACUUAGGAAGCAUCUGACGCACUUGAAGAAAAUGAAAUGAAAUGUUUAAACCCUAAUGGAUGAUGACAUUACUAAUAAUAAUA